AUGGUGAAGACGGAUAACAGCGCUAUCUGCCACUUCUUCGAUAAACCAAAAUUGACGGAAAAACAAGCCCGGUGGCAAGAGUCGCUGGCAGAAUUCGACUUCAAAUUCGAAUACAAGGUAGGGAAGAGUAAUCAAGCAGCCGAUGCGCUGAGUCGGAAGGGUGAACAUGCGGCCUUGUGCAUGUUAGCCCAUAUUCAUUCAAGUAAGAUCGAUGGAUCGAUGCGCGACAUCAUCAAAGAACAUUUACACAGAGACCCAUCAGCCAAAGUCGUUGUCAAGCUAGCUAAAGCUGGGAAGACACGACAAUUUUGGGUCGAGGGAGACCUUCUAAUGACUAAAGGAAAUAGAUUAUACGUCCCAAGAACGGGUGAACUGAGAAAGAAGCUCAUUCAGGAAUAUCAUGAUAUCUUAUGGGCCAGACACCUUGGGUGGCAAAGAACAUAUGCCCUAAUAAAAAAGAGGUACUUCUGGCCGAAUAUGCGGGACAACAUCAUGCAGUACACCAAGACGUGCCUCAUCUGCCAACAAGACAAAGUUGAGAAAGCCAAAGUCUCGGGACUCUUGGAACCUCUACCUGUGCCAACAAGGCCUUGGGAAAGUGUAUCUCUGGACUUCAUAACACACCUCCCAAAAAUCGGGGAAUAUGACGCCAUCUUGGUUAUCGUAGACCGGUUCUCAAAAUAUGCGACGUUCGUCCCCACUCCAAAAUUAUGCUCUGCUGAACUAACAGCCCAACUAUUUUUCAAACACGUUGUCAAGUUAUGGGGCAUUUCGUCGAGCGUCAUCAAUGAAAGGGAUGGAAAAAACCCUCAUGCUCAAAACUUCACAAGAGAAUGGAAGCAGACAACAAAUAUAUCUCGGACAUAUUUAAAGAAAGCUUCCAAGCAUAUGAAGUGGGCGGACAAGAAGCGUCGCCCCCUCCAAUUUCGAGCAGGAGAUCAAGUCCUCAUCAAGUUGAGACCAAAACAGAUAAGAUUUCGCAGUCAAAAGGACCAGAGACUAGUUCGAAAAUAUGAAUGCCCGGUUGAAGUCCUUAAAAAGAUCGGGGCUACCUCUUACAGAGUUGCGCUACCCACAUGGAUGAAAUAUCACCCAGUAAUUCAUGUGAGCAACUUGAAGCCCUAUCACCCAGACCCGGACGAGGACCAGCUAAAUGUAAUUCCGAGACCGAGCAUCGAUCUGAAACAAAGAGACAACAAAGAAAUAGAGAAGAUCCUAGCCGACAGAGUUAGGAAGAUAGGAAGACCUAAAACAACUAUAUUCAAGAUAAUUACGUAUUUACAAAAUACCGUCUCAAUUCAUCCUAUUUCAUCAAAUCCGGGAUAUCCGGGAUGUGAUAUGGUUCCGAAGGAUGAACUGGAUAUGGACAGUUCCAAUAAGAUUUCAUUCUUGAACAAAAAUCCAUUUAUUUGUUUAUUUCAUCUAUUCCAUGACCGGAACAGGAGGGGAUACACGUUACACCAUGAUUUUGAAUCAGAAGAGAGAUUUCAAGAAAUGGCAGAUCUAUUCACUCUAUCAAUAACCGAGCGGGAUCUGGUGUAUCAUAAGGGAUUUGCCUUUUCUAUUGAUUCCUAUGGAUUGGAUAAAAAACAAUUCUUGAAUGAGGUAUUCAACUCCAGGGAUGAAUCGAAAAAGAAAUAUUUAUUGGUUCUACCUCCUAUUUUUUAUGAAGAGAAUGAAUCUUUUUAUCGAAGGAUCAGAAAAAAAUGGGUACGGACCUCCCCCGGAAAUGAUUUGGAAGAUCCAAAACAAAAAAUAGUGGUAUUUGCUAGCAACAACAUAAUGGAGGCAGUCAAUCAAUAUAGAUUGAUCCGAAAUCUGAUUCAAAUCCAAUAUAACACCUAUGGGUACAUAAGAAAUGUAUUGAAUCGAUUCUUUUUAAUGAAUAGAUCCGAUCGCAACUUCGAAUAUGGAAUUCAAAGGGAUCAAAUAGGAAAUGAUACUCUGAAUCAUAGAACUAUAAUGAAAUAUACGAUCAACCAACAUUUAUCAAAUUUGAAAAAGGGUCAGAAGAAAUGGUUCGAUCCUCUUAUUUUGAUUUCUCGAACCGAGAGAUCCAUGAAUCGGGAUCCUAAUGCAUAUAGAUACAAAUGGUCCAAUGGGAGCAAGAAUUUCCAGGAACAUUUCAUUUCUGAGCAGAAGAGCCAUUUUCAUUUUCAAGUAGUGUUCGCUCGAUUACGUAUUAAUCAAUAUUCGAUUGAUUGGUCUGAGGUUAUCGAUAAAAAAGAUUUGUCUAAGUCACUUCGUUUCUUUUUGUCCAAGUUUCUUCUCUUUUUGUCUAACUCACUUCCUUUUUUCUUUGUGAGUUUCGGGAAUAUCCCCAUUCAUAGGUCCGAGAUCCACAUCUAUGAAUUGAAAGGUCCGAAUGAUCAACUCUGCAAUCAAUUGUUAGAAUCAAUAGGUCUUCAAAUCGUUCAUUUGAAAAAAUUGAAACCCUUCUUAUUGGAUGAUCAUGAUACUUCCCAAAAAUCGAAAUUCUUGAUCAAUGGAGGAACAAUAUCACCAUUUUUGUUCAAUAAGAUACCAAAGUGGAUGAUUGACUCAUUCCAUACGAGAAAUGAUCGCAGGAAAUCCUUUGAUAACACGGAUUCCUAUUUCUCAAUGAUAUCCCACGAUCAAGACAAUUGGCUAAAUCCCGUGAAACCAUUUCAUAGAAGUUCAUUGAUAUCUUCAUUUUAUAAAGCACUUCGAUUCUUGAAUAAUCCACAUCACUUCUGCUUCUAUUGUAACAAAAGAUUCCCUUUUUAUGUGGAUUAUGUGGAAAAGGCCCGUAUCAAUAAUUAUGAUUUUACGUAUGGACAAUUCCUCAAUAUCUUGUUCAUCCGCGACAAAAUAUUUUCUUUGUGCGGCGGUAAAAAAAAACAUGCUUUUUUGGAGAGAAAUACUAUUUCACCAAUCGAGUCAUAGGUAUCUAACAUAUUCAUACCUAACGAUUUUCCACAAAGUGGUGACGAAAGGUAUAACUUGUACAAAUCUUUCCAUUUUCCAAUUCGAUCUGAUCCAUUCGUUCGUCGAGCUAUUUACUCGAUCGCAGACAUUUCUGGAACACCUCUAACAGAGGGACAAAUAGUCAAUUUUGAAAGAACUUAUUGUCAACCUCUUUCAGAUAUGAAUCUAUCUGAUUCAGAGGGGAAGAACUUGCAUCAGUAACUCAAUUUCAAUUCAAACAUGGGUUUGAUUCACACUCCAUGUUCUGAAAAAUAUUUACCAUCCGAAAAGAGGAAAAAACAGAGUCUUUGUCUAAAGAAAUGCCUUGAGAAAGGGCAGAUGUAUAGAACCUUUCAACGAGAUAGUGCUUUUUCAACUCUCUCAAAAUGGAAUCUAUUCCAAACAUAUAUGCCAUGGUUCUUUACUUCGACAGGGUACAAAUAUCUAAAUUUUCCUUUUUUAGAUACUUUUUCAGACCUAUUGCCGAUACUAAGUAUAAGUAGCAGCAAAAAAUUUGUAUCCAUUUUUCGUGAUAUUAUGCAAGGAUCAGCUAUAUCAUGGCGAAUUCUUCAGAAAAAAUUGUCAUGGCGAAUUCUUCAGAAAAAAUUGUGUCUUCCAAAAAUCAAUCCCAAACUACCGGCAUGA